UCUCCAGCUCAGCGCCAUUUUCGGCGUUGUCACGGGACGACAGCAUGCCGUUGUCAAACAGAUAAUAAGACCACUAUUUAACGUUGUUAGACCUAUUUUUUUCCCCAGUAUUCCAUAAAAUGGGACGAAAAAAGAAGAAGCAGAUGAAGCCAUGGUGCUGGUACUGUAAUCGGGAUUUUGACGAUGAGAAGAUCCUCAUUCAGCAUCAGAAGGCAAAGCAUUUCAAAUGCCAUAUUUGCCACAAGAAGCUGUACACAGGCCCAGGCUUGGCCAUCCAUUGCAUGCAGGUACACAAAGAAACGAUCGACAGUGUCCCAAAUGCAAUCCCUGGAAGAACGGACAUCGAACUGGAGAUCUACGGUAUGGAGGGGAUUCCAGAGAAAGACAUGCAGGAAAGAAGACGAACGCUAGAACAGAAAUCACAAGAGAGCCAAAAGAAGAAGUCAAAUCAGGACGACUCUGAUGAAGAUGAUGAUGACGAUGAUGAAGCAGGACCAUCAGUACAGCAGGUUGCUGCUGUUCAGCCCCAGCCAGGCUACGCUGCUCCAAUGGCCCAGCUUGGGAUGCCUCCUGUGGCCGGUGCACCCGGGAUGCACCCUGGAGGAUAUCAAGGGAUGCCUCCGAUUAUGCCAGGCGUUCCUCCCAUGAUGCAUGGCAUGCCUCCUUCCAUGCAUGGGAUGCCACCAGGGAUGAUGCCUAUGGGUGGAAUGAUGCCCCCCAUGAUGCCAGGGAUGCCUGGUUUACCCCCCGGAAUGCCCCCUCACAUGGCUCCGAGGCCAGGGAUGCCACACAUGGUCCCAACCCCUGCAGUAGGAGCAAUGCCAAGUCGACCGACAGCACCAGCAGCCCAGCCUGCAGUCAGCAAACCUCUCUUUCCAAGUGCAGCACAGGCCCAGCAGAGCACUUCAGGAGCCGCAGCGUCAAACUCCCACAGUACAUCGGCCUCCAUCGAGCCACCCAAAGCAACAUUCCCUGCCUACACCCAACCCUCUGUCUCUUCUUCCUCUUCCACUUCUUCUUCUUCUAACCCCUCUAGCAGCAUUGUGGCCAAACCCCCUGCCACAGUGCCCACUAAGCCCGCCACCCUCACCACCACGAGUGCAACUAGUAAGUUGAUCCACCCUGAUGAGGAUAUCUCACUGGAAGAGAUGAAGGCCCAGUUGCCUCGUUACCAGCGUCUCAUACCCCGGCCGGGUCAGGCCCACGCUGCUGCACCCUCGGUGGCGGCUGUUGGCAGCAUAAUGCCACCACAGCAGGGCAUGCCACCCCAGCAGCCCGGCAUGAGGCAUCCCAUGCAUGGUCAGUAUGGCGCUCCUCCUCAGGGCAUGCCAAGCUACAUGCCUGGAGGGAUGCCUCCAUAUGGGCAGGGUCCUCCCAUGGUCCCCCAGUACCAGGGAGGCCCUCCCAUGGGCAUGAGGCCGCCCGUCAUGUCUCCGGCUGGACGCUACUGAAGCAGCAAAGCAGCCACUGCAUUAGGUUUGAGGUUAACACCUUUCUCUCAUCCUUGUGCUUUUUCAAACCUAGCUGCGAGCAAAGAGCAGUAAGACCAGUGGUGGUGAAGACAAACGUAAUUUGCUAGCACACGUGGACACUUAAUGUACCAACUUUAUUGGAAAACACCACAUAAGUUCCUGAAAGCUAUUCUGUUGUUAUUUUGAUUUCAUGCGAGGAUAUAUUCUUCUCCCCAUAGGUUUCACUCAGGUUAUAGAAGUGAAGUGUGUUAAAAUGAUUCAUAUUUCUUUUGAAGCUGCUGGAGUUUCAUGAACGUACCAACCCCUUACAAAGGCAAGUUUCUCUUGUAAACAUUUGACUCAUUUUUCUUUUGUUUUCUUUCUCCGUAGUUUGAUUGAGGCCCUCACAGCACGCUUAGGUGCUGUUGGACUUGCGUCCCCAACCUUGGUUGGUGAGGGUCUCAGUGAUGAAUAUGAUUCCAACUAUGUAGUGUUACAAAUGAAUGCUUCAUCAGUCUCUAGCUUUAGUCUUAUUUCAGGUUUGUUUUUAAUAUUUUCUGCUCAGAAAGGGUUCCUGUACGCAUCCUUUGUAAUGUUUUAUGAAUCUGUUGUAAUAAAAUUCAUCUUGAAAUCCAA